GCAAAAGCGAGAUCAGCGCCUUCGCAGUCCCCGCCAUACAUUUUCUCUUUGCCUUAUCUCCUUCCCUCCAAACUGAACAGCCCUGUAAUUCCCAACUGCUCGUGACGUAGUUUCCACGAUCACCACCAUCACUCCACUUUCUAGUCAUGGCUAGCAAGUUAGCCUUCACAUUGACGUGCCCACGUCCAUCUACCCCUCAUAGGCCACCGUUACUGCCUCCGAUUUCUCCUCUCUCCUCUCCGUCUGCUACUAGAGAUCGGUUGAUUCAGUUUAAUGGCCGGCAAUUAUACCUCCGCCGUCGGUUGUUCCUACUUCCUCCUAAGGCCACCGCCGAUCAACAAGGCCAGGUUGAAGAAGGUGAAGCUGUUGAUAGUAAAAUCCUCCCGUAUUGCAGCAUUGACAAGAAAGAGAAGAAGUCGGUCGGUGAACUUGAGCAAGAAUUUCUUCAAGCACUGCAAGCAUUUUAUUACGAGGGAAAGGCUAUUAUGUCAAAUGAGGAAUUUGAUAAUCUCAAGGAAGAACUUAUGUGGGAAGGAAGCAGUGUUGUCAUGCUAAGUUCUGAUGAACAAAAAUUCCUCGAAGCCUCUAUGGCUUAUGUUUCUGGAAAACCAAUCAUGAGUGAUGAAGAGUAUGAUAAAUUGAAAAUGAAACUAAAGAUGGAAGGGAGUGAAAUUGUGGUUGAGGGUCCACGAUGCAGUCUUCGUACUAAAAAGGUUUACAGUGACCUGUCUGUCGACUAUUUGAAGAUGUUCCUCCUGAACGUACCAGCAACUGUGGUUGCAUUAGGACUGUUCUUCUUCCUUGAUGAUCUGACCGGAUUUGAGAUCACAUAUCUGCUAGAGCUUCCAGAGCCUUUUAGUUUCAUUUUCACUUGGUUUGCUGCCGUUCCACUCAUUGUGUGGCUGGCUCUAUCCCUUACAAAUGCGAUUGUGAAGGACUUUUUGAUUUUAAAGGGACCCUGUCCAAACUGUGGGACCGAAAACACUUCGUUCUUUGGCACUAUAUUAUCAAUUUCGAGUGGUGGUUCCACCAACAAUGUCAAAUGCUCAAACUGUGGCACUGAAUUGGUAUAUGAUUCAAGUACGAGAUUGAUUACAUUACCAGAAGGAAGUAAAGCUUAAUUGAAGAGUGCCUCACCUGGGUCUGUUGAUUGUUGUGCAGCAAGUGGGAGCAGUUCAUUAGUAAAAGGCAGAAGUAAUUUCCAUGGAAAAGUACCUAUCAAGACAUCCAUGAAGUCACACACCAUAGAUGGCAUGUCCAUAUUGUUAUUUCGUGCUACUAUCAUACUUGUAACUUCUAAAGAAACGGGCUUUGUAUAGUAUAUAUGUUAGAAGAGAUUGAAAAUUUUCCUCGCUUCCUUCUCA